CUCACUCACUUUAUUCAUUGUGCACCACCCAGCAACCACUAGCUGCAGAUAGAUAUGCAAAGACAAGUACUAUACUAUAGAUAGAUAGAAUCAAGACCAUCAUCAUGACAGAGUACUACUUACCCCUGCCCACCACACUGGAUGAUUCUUCAGAAGAAGAGGAACAAGGAACAUCUAUCAAGCAGCAACCACAUAAGGAGGAAGCAGAAGAAGAAGAGCUGGACUUGCAGGAACUCUUGAGAGAAAAGUGGAAUGAUUUGAUGUCUCUCUUUAUUCUUGUAGACAGCACUACCAACAGUACACCCACAGUAGACACGGCAGAGUCACCCGAGUUUCACGUCGAGUUGGAUUCCACGUGUCAAUACAGCAGCAGCAGCAGUCAUGAAGAAGAUGAUGAUGACAGUGAUUAUAGUGAUGACAGCUCUACCGAUUCGGAAGACUCUUCAGACGAUGAUGAUGAUGAAGAUGAGAAUGAUGACGACGACCAAGAUGAUGUAGUCUCAUUGAAUAUGGAACUCCACGACUUGCACGAAGAUGUAGAUCACACGUGUCGCAGUCUGUCCGCCUUGGAAACCGAGUUUGCCGAAGACUUGGAAGCUCUGGCUCAAGGAUUAGAGUCGGCCUUUGAAAACUUUGGCGAGUCUGAUUCCAGUCAAGUUUUUAUUGCCACGCUGGUCGCGCAAGAAGAUCAUCUCUCGCAAUCCACACGAUCCAUGUUCAAGGCAAGAGUCAAAGAAUCACUGCGACGAAAACGACACCAACGACGCAAACAGCAGCGACUCCAAAAAGUACAGCAACAACAACAACAACAACAAGACACCAGUAGUACGGCAUCACCGACUGCCAUUCAAGACUUUGAGGAUGCCUACUUUGAAAACGAUAAUGACGACGACGACGAAGAAGAAGAAGAACUUUUCCAAAACUGGUUUGAUCGAUUCUGGAAUGCCAUGGAAGGGAUCAUCUAUCAACAUGUACAGCAGGAUCAAAACAACAACAACAACAAACUGGUAGAACAACAGCAACCGCAGGAGGAUACAACCGUCGCCAACUUUUUCACGCUCUGGGGCAACGACAGCAGCAGUGAACAAGCACCCACAGAGGAAGAGUGUACCACACUCAUUCAAUAAACAACCAGCUUCCUACAAAAGAACCAGCCAUCAGCACACCGGGGGACUUGCACUGAGCUGAUGGCCUUGUAUUCAUGCCAUUCAUCUUUCUUUCAUUCAUAACUUGCGACAGUACUGUGGAAUCAAUCAUGUAUGCAUACAUGUACUACUUAUAAUGUGCUUUUACCAAACUAUCAAUUAGGAACGCUUGUGUUUUCUAGU